GCGGAGGGGGAGGUGGCCGGCCGCUUGUCCCGCGUCCGCCAUUUUGUUGCUGUGGCUCUUGGGAACGGGCUGGGCGAAACCGCCCCGGAGGCGCGACGCUCCUGGGAGUCCGGUGCUUCGCGUGGCGGCGAGGAUCAGUGCAGAGCCUUGGGGGGCGCGGAGUCGGCGCGUUCCGGGCCAGGAGUGGCUGGAGGCACCCCCGGUACGCCGGGCAGCCCCAGAACCCCGGGGCGGCCUCCGCUGCGGCUCAGCUUCGCCCGCCCCGACCUCCGGCUGUGCCCUGCAUUCCCCGGGCCGGCUCCGUCCGUGAGGCGGCCCCGGAGCAGGCGGACGGCGGCAGAGGAUGCUGCGGGCCCGGAGCCGAGAGGAAGGUGCUGGCUCGGCCCUCUAAGCGCGCCCUGAGGUGUGCCAAGAGGCCCUUCCUUGGCCGCAGAGCCGUCUGUCGGGCGAAGGCGUCCAGAACAGCCGAGAGUAGCCGCCGCCCGGAGUCGCCGCAGAGCCCCGGCCAGACACCAUGUCCUCCGCCAGGUUCGACUCCUCAGACCGCUCCUCCUGGUACAUGGGGCCGGUGUCUCGCCAGGAGGCGCAGACCCGGCUGCAGGGCCAGCGCCACGGAAUGUUCCUAGUUCGCGAUUCCUCCACCUGCCCUGGGGAUUAUGUGCUGUCGGUGUCCGAGAACUCGCGGGUCUCCCACUACAUCAUCAACUCGCUGCCCAACCGCCGUUUUAAGAUCGGGGACCAGGAGUUUGACCACUUGCCGGCCCUGCUGGAGUUCUACAAGAUCCACUACCUGGACACCACCACCCUAAUCGAGCCCGCGCCCAGGUACCCAAGCCCACCAAUGGGAUCUGUAUCAGCACCCAACCUGCCUACAGCAGAAGAAAAUCUGGAAUAUGUACGGACUCUCUAUGAUUUUCUUGGGAAUGAUGCUGAAGACCUGCCCUUUAAAAAGGGUGAGAUCCUGGUGAUAAUAGAGAAGCCUGAAGAACAGUGGUGGAGUGCCCGGAACAAGGAGGGCCGGAUUGGGAUGAUUCCUGUUCCUUAUGUUGAAAAGCUUGUGAGAUCCUCACCACAUGGAAAGCACGGGAAUAGGAAUUCCAACAGUUACGGAAUCCCAGAACCUGCUCAUGCAUAUGCUCAACCUCAGACCACAACUCCUCUACCUGCAGUUUCCAGUACUCCUGGGGCAGCAAUCAACCCUUUGCCAUCCACACAGAAUGGACCUGUCUUUGCAAAAGCCAUCCAGAAAAGAGUACCCUGUGCUUAUGACAAGACCGCCUUGGCAUUAGAGGUUGGUGACAUUGUGAAAGUCACAAGGAUGAAUAUAAAUGGCCAAUGGGAAGGCGAAGUGAAUGGGCGCAAAGGGCUUUUCCCCUUUACGCAUGUCAAAAUCAUUGACCCUCAAAACCCUGAUGAAAACGAGUGAUUGCUGUUGCCUGUUUCCUGCUGCUUCCUUGUUCUGCCUGUCAUAGUCUCCUUUGAAGUGGGAAAGCAUUCUCUCUCAUAGGCAAGUUACACUGCAUUGCCGAUGUCCAGCUUUCUGCAGAGUGGCGGUCUCUCAUACACAUUUGGAAUGCACAGUGGCUGCCUCGGCAUUUGUAUCAUAGUCGUAUUGUCAAAGAGUAGCAGAUAUUAGAGUUCUUUUGGAUCAUAAACUGGAUAUACUGGUGGAAGCACACAAGUGGAGAGAAGUUGAUGAGGAAAGGGUCGGUCUUCUCGUCACUGCCCUGUUUGUACUUGUGACUGAUUCUGUCAUGUUCAUCAGAUGGAGCUUGAGGCCAUGGUGAGACAUUGCACGUUGCUGUUCCACAAAGCAAUGGUUCAGUCGCCGUUUUGUUUUUCCUUUGAAGAACAGAGCAAAUGAACCUUAAAGAAGAGGGAAUUCUGUCCUAAACUCCCCAAAUCUGGCUCUUCUUUUUUCCUUUCGUUUGGUUUUGGAAGACUUAAUUAGACUUGUGUGUUCUGAACAGGUUUUUAAGUAGCAGGUUGGAUUUUUGUGAUAUUGUAAGGAAUGACACGUGCCUCUGAGCUUCCCAAACUGAAGCUGCUGUAACUAAAGGAAUAUGGAAAAACAAAACAAAACACAACCCUGAAGCAGAGGCCUUUAUUGUCUUGGCUGCCAGUUGUACCUGUUUUGCCAUGUAGUAAACAACCCACAAAAGUCAGUUGUAAUGUGCCAAGCUUGUGUGCCUGGCUCCUUGGAUUACGUUUUCCCCAAAAGCACCAGAGUAGGGGGUGAUUUGGGGAAGGCUUUGCUUACUUUGUCAGUGAUGACAGGAACAAUGGGGGAAAGCACUUGGCUAGUUUUCUGUCCAGUGUUUCAGUGAAUACACCCCUUUAAGGUAUAGGAAUUAAAUUUCUUUAAAAAGUGAGGUUGUUCAUAGAAUCAUUGACUUCAUUAAUGAAUCUUUAAAUUCUACUCACUGAGGCUCACUCCUCGCUGCUGCAGGCCAAGCUCACAAAGCUGCCAGAGAAAGAUGGUGCUGCUAAUACUGGUUCCCCAGUCUCUGUGUCUGAGACGCUCCCAGGCAAAGAAAGUUCAAGUUCUGGAAAUUGGUUAAUGCAUCUGAUGUCUAAGAUUUUAGUGACUUGGGAGAACCAUUAGCGAUUUAGCAAUUUGAUGUAAACAUUUCCUUGUUAGCUAAAAGAGGGCUGUUCAUACAAGCCAGCUUGGUACAAAGGUGUGGCUGAUUCAUUGUCUGGUGUACAUAGCAGACUAGGAUUCUGGAACCUUCAUGCAGUUCAGUCUGCUCUCCCUUCUGGAAACUGAUGAAGACAUGCCUCAGCUCAGAAUGAAUACAGCAGACCUGGAAAUAUAGCAGUCACCUACUGAGUGAGUGACUGCAUCAUUUGCUGAGCGGCUGCUAUAGCCCUGGCCCUGUCUCCUAAGGGUCUUAGGUUUUGAAUUAGAGCAGUAUAUAUAUAUAUAUAUUCUGGUGACAGAACCAGCAAAGCAGCCAUUUUUUCAAUCUCUCCUUAAAUCAGUAUUCCAUUAGGUAGAUAACUGCCGUAUUAAAGAAUCUUGGAAGUGUUCCCAUGACAAAGUUAAUAAUGACCAAUUGGAAAAAAAUAUCACUGUGGCUACCUGUCUGUGGUUUUCCUGAUAAAAAUGCAGUCUGCUCUCCCUAAUCAGUGAGCACUGUGACCACGUCUUGCUCUGAAGGUGCCUGUCCAUUGUAGUUGCCUCUUAUUCUGAGUUUAGCCCCCCCCCCGCCCCCCCAGCUCCCACAGUAAGGGGCACACAUGUGGCAGCAAUUCCCUCUGCCUGCGUGGACACAGUGUUCACCUUGCAGCCAGUGGCCCGGUACUAAAGGGGUUGUCCCACAGAAGGUGGAGUAUGUGCUAUGUGCCUUGUUCAGAGAGGGCACAAACCUUAAGGCUUUCUUAAACCAAGUUUAGCUGAGGGGCUUAGCACCUUUUGGUGACAGUAGUUGGUUCGGAGUACUCAGGAAGUAUGUGGGCAUUUUGGAAAGCAAGACUUCCCUUCAGCCUUAUCUGCUGACCCAUAACAAGACCCACCUCAUGUGGAGCACUUCAGAAUCAGAACACACCACAAACCUACUUUGGCUUCAUAAUAAGUCUGCUUGUCACUUCAACCUAUGUACAUGUCUCCAGGGCUGCCCAGGAGACGGAGCCUGAAAUAAGGUGAGUCUUGAGUUCUGAACUCUCCAGAUAUGUGCCAAAAGUGUAGUACCUUUUUGACUUAGGAUCUUAUUAGUUUUUUUAUCAGGCAGGGAAUUUCUCUUCAUCACACUAAAUAGACAAAAAACAGCACGCUCACCUCAGCUUCGUGCUUGGGUUCCCCAGUGAUUGGGGAAAACUUCCUGUUUCAGAAAGUGAUGCUUUUCUUCCAGAGGAGCUGCCUUCCCUCCGUGGUUGGUCUCCUUUUAGGAUUGUUCAUUAUUGCUACUUGCUCUGCUCUACUGUGUGUCACUUAAGAAAAUAUUUGGAUGUUAAAUUAACUCACUUGGGAACUGAACAAAUUACGAACUAAAGGGCAUUGACAGUUUGACUCAAAACUUAUUUAUCCUGAAAAGGACCUCCAACACAGGAGUCCUCCUUGUCAUUUCUUUGUGGUGUGGUACCACCUGAGGCAUGGUUAAAGAGGAGCACAUGUCGACGAGCUGCCAUUUGACAACUUUGAUCACCCAUACAAGACACCACCUGUGCUCAUGGUUGGAAAACUGAAAGGGGGGGAAGGACAGCUGCUCCCCUCCUUGGAGCUCAAGGAUCCUUGGCUCCGUGCUUUCUUUUACAGCUGUUUACAGACAAGACAGGCCAAGGCAGACGGCCCCUGCUCUUGUAAUGUUUGCUCAGAGGAAUAUGACCAUUUUAUUUUUGAAAAGGGAUGAUGUGUUUUUGUGCCAGGUGUUUAUAAUUUAAUCCUUUAAUAUUAUGUUCAUUAACCUCUUAAAAUGAGUGACUUUUCGAUUGUUUUAACACAGUACCUAAGACUAAUGCUUUCUGUGGACACCACUGAGCUCUGCCUCAAACUCCACCCUCUGGGACCAGAGACCUCUGUCCCUGGUUAACUGCUAUCAGUGUGGAAACUGAGCUGGUUGUAUAUUCUAAAGGAGUAGAAGGACAGUUCCCUGAGACAGGGUCCUUGUCUCUGCAGGAGGAACAGUGGCCUUGCUUCUAGACGGUCUUCACUGUGUGUUUUAAAAUGACAACAACAACACAAAACUUUUGACCUGUAACUUAAAGAUCAUAAACUUCAGGCAAUAAUAUUUUCUGUGUAAGCUUUUAAAAUUAUUUUUGGGGAUCAUAGCUUGUUUUAUUUUGUGCUAUAAAAUUAACAGUAUUAAAUGACUUAUAUUCUUAGAAUAUCGAGUGUCUUUUCUUAACAGAUUAGUGCCUUUUUAUUUUUGUAUUCAUUUUACGUUACUGGUCCCGGCAUCAGAACCCUUGUUUCCAUGGCCUGUUUGUACAUUGUCUCAAUAAAACUUGCAUCAGCCGGUGGUGGCAGCGGCGGC